GGGCCCGAUCUGGGCGGGGCUCCCGGCUGUCACCGCGAUGAGGAGGCGCCGUCGCCGCCGCCGCCGCUGGGCUGCUCCGGGGUGCGCCCCUGAGGGGGUGUGAGGAGAUCCCGGGCCCUCCUGCAGGACUGAGCCCUGGCUUGUGGCAGACAUCAUGCAAUGUGCAGAAAUAAGUGAGUCUGUUCUAUCUAGAGAAGGUUUAUUUAAGCUUCAAGUCAUCACGUCUAAACGAUGCAGGGUGCUAUUAUUGUGACUGCUGUUCUUCCCUGGGCUUUGACUAUGACUCAGGUCUCUAUCUGGCUGCUACAGAAGAAAACUGGUGUGUAAAAGACGGAAGUCCUCUCUCUGCAUAACAAGGUCCGAGCCCUGACUCUUUGAAUCUACCCCAGUUGCCGCCAGACCCCUGGACAAGAGACAGCAUGGUUUGCUAGCUAUCUGACUGAGUGCCUGGCUUUCACGAUGCCUGUGCAGGCGGCUCAGUGGACAGAGUUCCUGUCCUGCCCAAUCUGCUACAACGAAUUCGACGAGAAUGUGCACAAGCCCAUCAGCCUAGGCUGCUCACACACGGUCUGCAAGACCUGCUUGAAUAAGCUUCACCGCAAGGCCUGCCCUUUUGACCAGACAGCCAUCAACACUGACAUUGAUGUGCUUCCUGUAAACUUUGCACUUCUCCAAUUAGUUGGAGCCCAGGCACCUGAUCACCAGACCAUCAAGCUAAGCAACUUAGGAGAGAACAAACACUAUGAAGUGGCAAAGAAAUGUGUUGAAGAUCUGGCACUUUAUUUGAAGCCACUAAGUGGAGGCAAGGGCAUUGCCAGCCUGAACCAGAGCGCACUGAGCCGGCCUAUGCAACGGAAACUGGUGACACUAGUGAACUGUCAGCUGGUGGAAGAGGAAGGCCGGGUCAGGGCCAUGCGGGCAGCCCGCUCCCUCGGGGAGAGAACGGUCACUGAGCUGAUAUUGCAGCACCAGAACCCUCAGCAACUGUCUGCCAAUCUCUGGGCCGCUGUCCGGGCACGAGGGUGCCAGUUCCUCGGUCCAGCUAUGCAGGAAGAAGCCUUGAAGCUGGUGCUGCUGGCCUUGGAAGACGGCUCAGCCCUCUCCAGGAAAGUCUUGGUGCUUUUUGUUGUCCAGAGGCUGGAGCCAAGAUUCCCCCAGGCAUCCAAAACCAGCAUUGGCCACGUGGUACAGCUUCUAUAUCGAGCCUCAUGCUUCAAGGUCACCAAAAGAGAUGAAGAUUCUUCCCUGAUGCAACUGAAAGAGGAAUUUCGCAGCUAUGAGGCAUUGCGUAGGGAACACGAUGCUCAGAUUGUCCACAUUGCCAUGGAAGCCGGCCUUCGGAUAUCACCAGAGCAGUGGUCUUCCCUACUCUAUGGAGACCUGGCCCACAAAUCCCACAUGCAGUCCAUUAUUGACAAGCUUCAGUCCCCAGAAUCCUUUGCAAAAAGUGUGCAGGAGUUGACCAUUGUUCUGCAACGUACAGGUGACCCUGCAAAUUUAAACAGGCUUCGUCCCCAUUUGGAGCUAUUGGCCAACAUAGAUCCUAAUCCAGAUGCAACAUCUCCAACAUGGGAACAACUGGAAAAUGCCAUGGUGGCUGUGAAGACUGUUGUCCAUGGCCUGGUGGACUUCAUUCAGAAUUACAGUAGGAAAGGCCAUGAAACUCCACAGCUGCAACCAAAUAGCAAAUACAAAACAAGCAUGUGCCGUGACCUGCGACAGCAAGGCGGGUGUCCGCGAGGGACCAACUGCACUUUCGCUCACUCUCAGGAAGAGCUGGAGAAGUAUCGGCUGAGGAACAAGAAGAUCAGUGCCACAGUGAGAACCUUCCCCCUGCUAGGCAAAGCCAGUGUCACGAGCGCAGUCUCCACCACGACAGGAAGCAUCAUUUCCAUCAUGGGAAGUGCGGAGAGCUCUGGGAAGAUGGCACAGAGCACUAACGGCAUUGGGAGCCUGGAGAGUGGCAGCCCCCAGCUGAUCCCACGUUGCGCCGACCCCUCGUCCAUGAUGGUGUUGGAGAACGUGAAGAAAGCGGGGAAAGCUGGAGCCAAUGGACAGAACACCCCGGGCUCCUUGGCAGACCCCCUCUCUGAAAAUAAAAUUGGUUCCCUUUCGAAGACUCCUGUCAGUCAGGUGGCAGCUACCUCAGCAGGUCCUCCUCCUCCGCCGCCGCCUCCUCCUCCUGUGGGCACAGAGAUGAACUCCAUCACGCCCCAAGCUGGCCCAUUUGCUGCUCGAAUGCCUGUCUACCCGCCUCACUCCGACAGCCUCCAGUAUUUUCAAGAUCCCAGAACCCACCUCUCCUAUGAACCCCAGCAGUACCCGCAAGCAGGAUACUACCCAGCACCACCGACAGUCCCAGCUGGUGUGGCCCCUUGCCUCCCUCGCUUUGUGAGGCCCAGCAAUGUUCCUGAAUCCGCCCUCCCAUCUGCUUCUGUGCCAUACGGCGACCAUUACAGCGCAUUCCCCCCUCGGGACAGAUUGAGCUCUCCUUACCAGCCGCCACCGCCACCGCAGCCCUAUGGGCCAGUCCCGUCUGGGAUGUAUGCCCCGCUCUACGACAGCCGGCGGAUCUGGCGGCCGCAGAUGUACCCAAGGGAUGACAUAAUCCGGAGCAACUCCUUGCCUCCCAUGGACGUCGUCCACCCCACUGUCUACCAGUCCUUCCUGCGGGAGAGAUACAACUCUUUGGACAGCUACCAUUCCAUGGCCUGUCAGUUGCCGGCUGACCAGAGGACGGUGCCUUCCUUGAGGGAUCCUUGUGGCCACUUGAAACCCACUUACGACGACCCACUGCGGAGGAAGCCGGAGCAGUGGGCCCCAUGCCACAUACCAAAAACGCCUCUCGUGUCCUCCUCCACUCUGCCUGCAGCCGCACAGUCUCCUCCUCCUCCUCCUUCCCCUCUCUUCAACGUGGACUUCAGCCGAGAAUUCUGCGAGAGUGCCAGCAGCCAGCAUAGCUCCAAGUACGAGGACGACCGCCUCUCCCACUACUCUCCCUGGUCCUGUGGCACCAUCAGCUCCUGCAUAAGUGCCAUUGAGUCGGAGCCCAAGGACGUCAUUGCCAAUUCUGGUGCUGUGCUCCUGGAUCUGGACAGUGGGGACAUGAAGAGGCGGGUGCACCUCUUCGACACCCAGAGAAGGGCAAAGGAGGAAGACCCAAUCAUUCCGUUCAGCGAUGGGCCCAUCAUCUCCAAAUGGGGCGCCAUCUCCAGGUCGUCGCGCACGGGUUAUCACACGACAGACCCAAUUCAAGCUACUGCUUCCCAAGGAAGUGCUACAAAGCCAGUCAGCAUGUCAGAUUACACCCCUUACGUCAGCACCAUUGAUUCAAGAUGGAGCUCCUACAAUUCCGAUUCUACUUCAUCAGCGCCUUUCAGAGAACGGGACCAGUUCAUCCUUACAGAUGUGUCUGCCCCAAGAAAGCAUUCUAGCACUGGAGAUCUACUGAGCAUCGAACUGCAGCAGGCCAAAAGUAACUCGUUGCUGCUUCAGAGAGAGGCCAACGCACUUGCCACGCAGCAGAAAUGGAGCUCCUUGGCAGAAGGAAGCCCCCUCUCUUUGACCCUCCUAAGCAAUGAAAUCAAUCUGAGAAACGGCGAGUCUGACUAUCCGGAGGACGGUGCAGACACAAAGCCAGACCGAGACAUUGAACUGGAACUGUCAGCCCUCGAUGCCGAUGAGCUUGGUGGGCAGGGAGAGCAAAUUGAGGAGAUUCUGAGCCUGCAGCUUGGCAUUGGCGACCAGGAUGAUCAUCUGUUCAACGGGUCAGCUCUGGAGAAUGGCCACCCUCUGGAGCAGCCUCCAAAAGAGCCCAGGCAGCAGGCGAGGCCCACCUUAGGUGAAGACCUUGCUAUUCUGGAGAAGCAGAAAGCAGCCCUGCCAAUGACCUGCUUCAGCCAGCCAACGGCAUCCUCUGUGAGCGGGGUGACGUCCCUGCCCAUCACAGCUUCCUCCUCCGGAGUGGGCAGCCUCGUUCUCAAGACAGCCCACAGCCUCACAGCAGCUCACAUCAUGGCAGAAGGGAAAAGUGACUUUUUAAGGCCAGUGGCAAAUGGCAAGAUGGUUAACAGCUGAGAGGUGUUACGUUUUCAAGCUCGUGAUCAUGCUAAGGCAGCAUUUACACUAUAUUAUAUAAUGUAUAUAUUUUUUAAGAAAAUACUAUUGGGGUGAUUUGUUUCCUGUGGACUCUUUGAUACAUCAGGCCCCUCUCAACUUUGCAUUCUGGAAAAAGAAAAGAGAAAACAAACCACUUUGCUAGGCUCAGGUGUUCACGUUCCACAAGUGGUUUGUAAAAAGCUUAAGAGCAGCUUUUUAAUUUGUUUGUGGAAAUUCCAGGGCGCCUUCUGAGCCGUUCUUGUUGAGAGACAGCCUCUCUAGAUAAAUUUGCAAGUUAGUUCAUUGAAGCCAGCAGAUCCUCGGGGUGAAGUGACUCAUGGGAAUAGAACUCACUUGUUUUGCCUUGUUUUGUUUCAUGAGAGAGGAACUUGUAUCUGGUUGCAGUUGCUUGUUUCUUCAGCUGUGGAACUUUGCAUGAAAUAAGCAUGUGAGAGGAGAGAGAAAGAGAAAGAGAGAGGUGGGCUGGGGAUCCUCUUAACAUAAGACUUAAUUCAGGGUUGAUACAUUUUUUUCUUUUUUCUUUCCUUUUUAUCUUUGCACGACUGCAUUAUAUGCAGUAGUGUAGCACUUUGCAUAUUCCUGUCUGGCCCCCCCCCUUCAUUUCCCCUACCCUACCCCUCUUCUGAUUUAGAGCUUGGUAUUUCCACAUAUCAAGCAACUUGCCUGUGUACAAAUAAUAGAGUGCAAAAUCGAAGUGCCUGCAUCCUAGUGCUUACAUCUUCUGUCUCUUUACCUGCUCUUGAGUUGUAAGCAGAAUUGUUACAUCGACAACAACGGACUUGUCCACACUGACCGUACUUUUCCGUCUAUGAGAAGCCCCCUCGUCUAAUACAUGGAAAAGUACGGCACCUUCCUCUGCUCUUUCCAGGCACAAUCUGGGGAUCCCUCCCCCUUUUUUUUCCCUCUGGAGUUUUCUCUGCAAAACCCCCGCUCUUUAAAGAUCAGCAAGUGCAAAGAGCAAUCUGCAGAAAACCCAAAUGGGUGUUUGCUCUAAUUCAUAUUUGAAGAGCAGGUUUUCACAGGGAAAGCUUAGGGCAGAACCCCCACAAAAAGCCACUGAGACGCAGUUCGUUAAAGUGUAGACCUCUGCCUAGAAAGAGCAGGGUAAAACCUAAGUGUGGAUAAGGCCAAGAACGCACUGCACUUGUUCCCUGGGCUCCGAGUUGUGCAGCUCCUUCGGCCAGAUCAGUCCCCAGAGCCUCAGCAAUCAGCCGUUCCCUGCAAAAGAAACAUUUUCUGUCACAUUUGCACUGACUUGACAACACAGUAUUGCUAUUGAUGUACUUUUCAAAUAAGAAGUGAUUAGCAGUUCUUUUUGACAUUCAUUGUGUUGUUUUGAUUAUAGCAUUACUGGGAAGUUUAGUGUUUAGGUUUUAUUGCUGACACUUGACAAGGCCUUGAACACUUAAUGGUAUAGCUUUAGCUCGGCUUGUACAGAACAACGAAUAAAUGUGUCUUUUCAAAAUGUGACUUUAAGGAAACGUAAGUAGGGAGCCAUCACCUGAAAUAAGAACACACACCUCUUGGGCCCUGAGCCGUAUUUUCUUUUACUUUCUUGCUUUAGAAACUCCGGGCACCUAGAAGAAGGUGGUAGAGCAAAAGAAUGCUUGCUGGCAAGAUAAGACCUUCCUCAUUUGUCUUCUAUGGCUUUCUAGUUCUGAUUUUUGCAUUACUUCUCUUCUUCUUCUUUUUUUGCAGUGUUUGAUAAUUAACUUCUGUGAAGUUGUUUACUUGGAGAAUUGUACUGGGAUAUUUUAGCCAAGUGACAUUUUCACAGGUAUACUGUACUCAAGGGCUCGUCCCACUAGCAAAUGGCUUGUAAAAGAGACGAUCAUGUUACUACUGGCAAAACAGAGCCGGUGACUAUUUGGGAUGCCACCCCGUGUGCAGGAUCAGGCCGCUUCUUUUCACUUCCUUUUUUAAGAAACUUCAUCGUGCACACUUCUGGAUUAGGGGUGGGGCAAAAACAGGCAUUUCUCUGAGGGUUACUGUACUGACUUGCAUCCUUUUUUAUUUUAUAUCUGCUGACUUGAAAGUUCAUGAAAAAAAUUAUGUUGUAAAUAUUAUUAUCUUGAAAAAAAAAAUCCAAGCAUUAGUUUAUAUAUAUUUAUAUAAUAUAUAUAAUUCCAGUGAUGUUGUGAAAGACCCCGGCCACUUAUUUAAUACUAAGGCACAAAGAGCUAUUUAUAAUAGGACAGCCAAAUCCCUUCUCUUAAUUUCAUGGGACAAUUCCUCAGGCUCCUCCUCCUGUUGCCACCUCACUCCUGCAACAAGGGAAACAGGGCAGCUGGGGAUUUGAGACUAAAGUACCCAUUUUCUUUAAACUUGUGACUGUUAAGAUUAACUGAUUUUGGUGUGGAAUGCCAUUUGGGUUGUUAUUGUGUUCUCUGACCCAGCUGGGAAAUCUUGUAUAUAUAAAUAUUACAUUUGAAAUGCUUCCAAAAGUUGUUUUUUUGCGCUAUAUGUAACUUCAGAUAUAUAGAGAUAUAUGCAAAACAGCCUCUCUCUCUCUUUUACAUGGAUAUUUAAACAAUAAGAUCUUCUGUGUUGCAGGUGACGUGUUUUUUAAGGAGGAAGAAAAUGAAUUGCUAUUUUAUUGCAAAAAUAGACGAAUAUUAGAAGUCUGAGAGAUCCUCAUUUUUGCCCUCAGGGAAAUAGCCCCUCUGUGAACCGGAGCUCCCCCAGGCGCCAGUACAAUCCAAGGGUGAAUAUAUAUAGUAAGACCUUGGUUGUGCUGCUGGGGAAGGGGGCGUGGCAUAAAUUGUUUACAGUUCUUCGUUCACUUGUCCAGUGGCAUCGCAUAAUUUUAAAAGCCACCAUAUUUCUGCUGUCCUUUUACCACCUGGACUGGGAACGAGCUGCCUUUGUGCUUCCUUGGCAGAGGUAGUGAGAACUCCUGCACUACAGUAGUUUAGUCGAAAGGGCCACACACUUGACAGGAAGCCUCUGCUCCAAGGUUGUACUUUAAAUCUUCAACACAGAUAAUUGCAGGCUCAAUGAAACAGCUGGGACUUUCUCGCCAUGGAAAUGGCAUCGUUCUGGCAGGGCGUUGUCCACCUCCAAAGCAGUUUGUACAAACUAGCCUGUCUGGGUGUGGAGCAGUCAACUUAUGGUACAUCCUUUGGAUGCCCUUGGGCUCCCAGCCACCACCAACCAUCCCCAGGCAAGAUGGCCAAGAAUAGUCAUAGGUGAUGGGAGUUGUGUUGCAGCAGCACCUGGUGGUGGGGGGGGGCCCAAAGAAGCUCUGCACCCCUUGUCUUUGGGACAGCCAGAGGGAUGGGUGCUGAGAUGAAUCAGCACCCAUAGCCUGCUUUGCAGCUGUGUCUUUAGAAUAUUAGGCCAACCAGAGGAGAGAGCAGAGGAGGGUGGCUCCUGCCCUCUGCCAGCAGGUGGCAUUUUUGUAGGCAGGUGCAGGGGGGAUUGGGGGCACGCAUACUGGGGGGGGGGUAAUUGUGGUAGCAAGAAAAACUUCAGCUGUGCUUCCUCAUGAUGUGCAUUUCCUCUCCCCCUUUGUUUUGACUCAGUGCUUUGGGUAGCCAAGCUUCAGAUGUGAAACAAAUGCUGAGUGUGAUGGUAGAUGAGACUUUGAGCUGCAUAGAGAAGCCGCUGGCCUGUGCUAAGGGAGAGUGGCAGGUCUGUGAUAGGCCUGGUUUGACCACUGGUCCCUGCCGGAUGCGCUGUUCAAAAUUAAUACCUGGUGACAGUUGGAGUGUAGAACACAGUGCUUGCCUAAAGUGUUUGUGGCACAUGCCAGAACAGAAGUCCUGGUAGUAUCCUUUCUUCCAUUCUUUCUUGAUAAUUUGAAAGCCAGGUCUGUUGUGAAAUAAACUUCAUUUACAAACAAAAACUCCAUGCGGCUUGGCUGUGGGUUUUCUUGUGGUGAGCAGUUUUCAUGUCUAAUUUUGUGAGCGGCUGGCAUUUCUCAGUAUUUGAUUAAGCCUGGCCUGCUUUGCAAAGGGUUCAAUCUAAGUGCUUGCAUCCGCACCCCAAUAUUAUUUGGGGAGGAGGCAAUAGCCAGCCAUUCACUACCUGUGGGAGAUGUUUAUUUUUAAGCCCUUUGUAUUUAGGAGUUCUGUAUUUAGAGACUGAAUUUGCAAAUAACAUGGCAUGACACAGUGUUUUGCUGGAGCGUGUUCUUCCCCUGCCUGAACUCUCAGCCACUUCCUUGGCUCUGAGGAAAGGCAGCAGCAUGGUGCUUUGCUGGCAAAGCGAUAUUACCACGCGUAAGGGUGGAGUGGGGUGGCUGGAGUGGAGUGAGCCAAAACUGUGAGCAUCCCACCAGCCCCAAAACUGAGAGAGCAAAUACCUGUCCACCACACACACAGGCUUUUGUGAAGCUUUUUAAUGGACACUUUAUAUACUUGACAGAGUUUGAAUUAAAAACAAUUCUGGCUGUGUUUCUGAGUGCCAGAAAACAGGGCACUUUUGCACAGGUCCCACCUGCUUACCCAGAGAGAGUCCUCGGUUAUUUAGUCCAAGGCACGGGGAUGCAUGCAUUUUCCUUAUCUGUGCAGACAAAUAGAUUAUACUGUAGUUGUGAUACAACAUGCGUGGCUUUUCUUUGUACUGCACACACACCCUGUACAGCCACUCCAAAGUAUUGUGGUUUAGCUUGCAGUAUCUGCUGUCUGCAUUUAUACUAUAUACUACAUAUUCUUUUCCCUGGAAGUUAAAAGGAAAAGAAAAACACCACUUUUUCUUUUAUUGUUGCGUUGAUUAACAUUUUAUAAACCUGCUUGGCCCAGAAAGUUUGGGAAAAGAGGGCUGUUUGUCAAUUCUACAACCGGUUGUGAAGCUGAAGUGUGAAUAUUUCUACGUCUGUAUUAGACAUUUUCUUUGCAAAUCUAUUGUUCGAUUGAAAUGUAAAUGAAAUAAAAGAUGGUGUACACCCAUCAUGUAUAAUAAAGCAGACACCAUCGCUACGGUGGAUUUAAUGCCUCAUUUUUAAUGAUGCAUACUCAGCUUCUAUUUAAAAAAAAAUAUUUAACUUAAAAAAAUCUGUAAAAUAAAAAAGGGAUCUAUUUGGGGCGGGGGAUGAAUUCUAUUCCAUUUAGUUCCGUUUUCAAUUUCCAAAUUCUGUUGUUUUUCCCUUUUGUGUUAUAGGAAUAGGAUUUACAUGGGAAAGCUUAGACCGUACGGUCUGUAUUUUUGGGGAGGGAAGUUUGAGUGAUGGGUGUGGGCUUUGUGAUUUAGCCUGAAUAGCAGAGUGAAGUCUGUGUGCGUGUCUUUUCUGUUGCACUGAAGUGAAAAGAUAAUUAGCUUUUGGGCUGGACACGGACUUUAGCGAAUCGUGGUUUUUUUCAGUGUUUGAGAGAGAAUUAAUAGAAAAAAAGUUUGCAGUACUUGACAUGUAUUUGCAUGCCGUAAAAUAAAACAUUUUGUCCACCUUAA